AUGCUGGCGGAGCUGGUAGAGGAGAAGAAGCAACAGUACCUGCUGCCCGGCCAGAUCGUGGUGUACACCAACUCUAGAAAGAAGGCACAGGGGUACGCUGCGAUGUUGGGAGCUGUCUGCUACCACCGCGAGGUGGGCACGCCGGAGGAGAAGCUGGAGAUCUUGCGCCAGCUCACAGAAGGGACAGAGCACGUGUUUGUGGCGACGAACGCGCUGGGGCUAGGGAUCGACAGAGAGACCGUCAGGGCAGUCUUGUUCGCUGGGUCGAGGAACACGCAGAAAAUGCGCGACGUGGUGCAGAUGGGAGGACGUGCAGGCCGCGGCAGGCUUCCCAGCGAGGUCAUUUUUAUCAGAGGCGCCACGUACAGCCCGCAAGGCAAGCAAUACGCUAGCGGCUGGGCCAAAGACACAGAGGAGGGUGUGCGCGAGCUCGUUAAGGGUGACGGCUGCAUGAGAGUCAUUAUAGACCGCGAGAUGGACAGAAACCACACCAGAGAGGGCUGCGAGCCAGGAGAAGAGCCGUGCGGCUGGUGCCAGUUGCGGGUGCAUAGCGCUGGAGCAGAGGUAGAAGCAGCCGUGGGCGACGAGGACGAGACAGAGAGGGCCGAGUUCAACGCCCAGCUGCAGGCGCGCAGGAACUUGAGCCAGCAGGAGAGGGAGCUGGCGUCGCGCGAGCAGCAGGAGGUGCAGAGGCUGGAGGAGAUGCUCGAGUCUUGGAAGGCGUGCUGCCAGUGGUGCCGGGCGAAGGAACAUGCGGAUGCAGGCCAGCACCGGCUUGCCCACUGCAAUCGACUGCAGGCGGAUAAGGUGCGCGAUGGAGUAAAGGACGUUACGAAGAUAGUCCGGGAGCAAGCAAUCUGGGAGAAUUUUAGCUGCUGCUUCCAGUGCGGUGUUCCCCAGUCGAUUUGCGACAGCUUCGAGCCCCAUCCAGAUGGUGGCUGGCAGAAAAACUUGGCGAUUGGCUGCCAGUUCGAGGCUGUGCUGCUUACGUUGAUGAUGUGCGUGUGGACGGCGUGGGGAAGCACGUUUAACGACUGGGUGCGGGCACAGAUGCGGAGAGAGGGGAUUAGGCGGAACGAGGAGGUGGAAUUCGACAAGGUGCUUGCGUGGAUAGGCAGCACGGUAUGGUAG